AUGCAUGGAGCUGGAGUUGGAGCUCUGGCAGCGGUUCUUCUAGCUCGGGUUCAGGUGGUUCAAACUCGAACUCGGGUGGUGGUUCAAGUUGGAGCUGGGGAUGGAGCUCGAACGGAACAGAUACAACUUGGGGUUGGGGAAGCAGCUCCGGCUCAAAACCACUCAAGCGGAACUGGUUCCACACACAAAAACCACCACAACCACAGGGCCCCAUCAAACCACUCAUGCGGUUGCGUCGGCUCUCCAAACAACCACACGUCCCCAUCAAACCCUCCAAACAACCACACGUCCCCAUCAAACCCUCCAAACAACCAUACGGCCCCAUCAAACCACUCAAGCGGCAGUGUUGGCUCUACACACAACCACACGAUCCCAUCCAACCACUACUCAAGCGGUAGUGUUGGCUCUAAACACGACCAAACAGCUCCAAUAUCGCAUAGAAGACAUAUUGAGGUCACCGUGUGGAAAAGCGGAUUCCAUUACAAAAAAUGGGCUUCCAUGCAUGCGCCGUUUUACGUCAACGAUGUUGUUGCUUUCAAGUUCAACAAUGAUCAGAAGACCAACAACAACAAGAAGAACGAUGUCUACUUGGUCCCAGACUCGAGGAGCUACAAGAUAUGCGAUGUGAGCCGAGGGAGGAAGCUAGUCCCAAGAAAAGGAGAGGCGUUGAGCUUAAAAUCAGGAGGCUUCAAGUUUCUUCUCCGUAGGGCUCAGACUUACUACUUUGUCAGUGGAGACCACACCGGCUGCAACCACAACAUGAAGUUCUCUCUCUUCGCCCACAAACCCUAA